CCAUUACUAUCAUGAUUUUUGUCAACUAUGGCGGCGGCGGAUACGUUUUCUUUGAGCAUGCGCAGUGGAACGGACUCACAGUUGCUGAUCUGGUGUUUCCAUGCCGGUACGUAGAAUUUGCUGGCUUAGAACUUUAUACUGUUGAAUUAGACAAGCUUCGUAUUCCUGGAGUUCUUCAAAGAUUCUCUCUGACUUAUUUGUUCUUGGCAUUAAUGGUAACUGCGUUUGCCAGGGUGGAUGAUAACCAAAAGGCGAAACAUUUAUCUCCAUUUCGCGAUGUUUUGCUCUACUGGCCCGAGUGGUUUCUCAACUUUGCCUUGCUUGCCGUCCAUAUUGGAAUAACAUUCGCUCUUCCGGUUCCGGGUUGUCCCACUGGAUAUCUUGGUCCCGGAGGAAUAAGUGAAGGGGGACAGUACUACAACUGCACCGGUGGCGCAGCACAAUACGUGGAUAAAAUGGUGUUAGGAGACAGUCAUCUCUAUCAGCAUCCGACAGUCAAGGAAGACUACAAGACGAAGAUUCCUUUCGACCCAGAAGGUAUUCUAGGAAUACCAACAUCAAUAUUUCUCUGCUUCCUCGGCUUACAGGCGGGUCGCAUUAUUGUACAAUAUCCGUCACACAAAGAACGCAUCUUUAGAUGGACGGUGUACACCAUUGCCACGUUUUCUUGCCUCGAUCUGGUCUGGAGCGGAGACGCUGGUGACGAGGCUAAACACAGAGAAAGAA